AUGCGUCCUCCUUCUCAGCAAGGAUAUUUCAUGAUCGUAGAGAAGCAGCUGUCUGAAAAUGAGCUCUUCUUGUCCUGCUGCUGUGCUUCCCAGGGCCUCAGCUGGGCGGCGGCGGCGCUGAGGGCGGCGCUGGGCGAGGGCGCGGAGCGGCGGCGGGAGCUGGAGCAGCGCACGGCGCGGGGCCGGGCGCUCCUGUGGCGCUGGGAUGAUGAAGAAGAGGAGCGGCCACAGCCAUGCUCCAGCACUGAACAUGGAGACAGGCCUUCACCCAAGGAGCUAGAGGAGCUGGAGCUGCUGAACAGGGCCUUAGAGAAGGCAUUGAAAGUCAGGAAAAGCAUCUUGAAAACUCCAUUAGAGGUUCAGGGAGCUACAGGACAAAAAUGGGCAGGUGAGGCACAUGCUCCCAAGAAAGCUGAAGAGCAACAGGUGCCUGUACCUGCUGAGGAUGUUCCUGAGUGCAGGAAGGUGAGAGCUGGAAGCAAAAAGCCUUUGCUGUUGAAGAAGCCCUCUCCAUACCAGUUAACAGCCCCUUACAGGACUGACCCAGAUGUGAAGAAGCUGCAAAGGAAACUCACAGCCAGAUGUGUUUCUCAAGGCCCCAGGACUGCUGGGAAGGUUUCCUCAAAAGGAAUGACUUCCAAACAAGGAAGGAGUCACAGGACAGCAACUGGUGCCAGUGCCAGAGAGGUCUGUGCUGCAGCUGAACCCCAGGAGACACCCAGCCUGUCUGAAUCUGCCCCAAAUGAGCAGCAAAGCUUUUCUGGAGGGGAUUCAGCUGUGGGAGAGAAUUCCAUAGCCGCUGGCAAGCACUUACUUGGUGCAGGGAAGAAAAGCUGUGGUUUCCUGGGAGAGUCCAACAAAAGGGUGGACGCUGCAGGUGCAUGGGGAAGGAGCACCUCACCAGGGACAGGCACCCUGCAGGAAAAGGGAUGCCAGCUGAAGCUCCCCCUUCCCUACAGGAAAGCCUAUUCCAGGAACUCCAGGGCAUGGGAGAGAUGUCGUCUGUGCCAAACAAGUGCAGAUGCAGCAGCUGCAAGGACCCGUUUUAUGGAGAGGAUCCAGAUGACUUUCUGCUCCCCAAAGCUGAUCCCCAGUCCUGCAGAGAUAGAGGAGGAAUUAAGGGGCCUCCAGGAUGUCCCCUUCCAUCUGAGGCAGUAUGUGGAAGCUGUGCCUGCAGACCCUCCCACUCUGCAAGAAGAGUAUGAAAGCCUUCUGACCUUGGAGGGUUUGCAAACCACAGUGUCCCAGUGCCUGCAGAAGCUGCAGCUGCUGCAAACAGCUCUGGAGUCCCAGCUGAGGCUGCGCCCAGACUGCACUGGGGAUGUGGGGAGCUGCUCUCCAGCCUGUGUCCCUGCCAGGGGACAGACGUGUGGCAGUGCAGACGUGCUGGCUGUGCCUCUCCUCUAUUACUCCAGUCUCCAGGAGCUGAGCGACCUGUUUGCCUCGAAGCUGCAAGUAUCGAUGCUGCACCAAGAGAUUGCCUUACAAAAGGCACUGCAUGAGUCAUGGAGCAUCUGCUGCUCGGCGCAGAGCAGGCCAGUGGAAAUUGGCAGCGACUUCAGCACCACGGCAAGGACGGCAGAGGUGGGAAAGGGCUGGGAAAAGGAGACAGCCCACAAGAGAGGAUUCCCAGGGGUUGCUGCAAACUCAGAAGGCAAGCUGACACUGUAGGAGUUGUGCAGAAGGGGUGCAGAAUGUCAGGUAGCUGGGUUGUUCUCUGCCUCUGGGUGCAGUGGGGUUUUGUUUCUCUUCCUACACCACAAUUUAAAAUUUUCAGAAAUGUGUAAGACUUUAAAUCAUUUGAAUGACUCACUCUUUCAAACCAGUCUUGUGCCACAGCAGAGAUAGAGAUUCAAUAACAGUUGAACUCAGGGGCUGGGGGGGCUUUGUUCUAGAAUGUGCCAUUGCUAUCAGAAGAAGGUACAUCCAUCUGAGAUGAGGAAACAAAGACAUAAGGUAGUGUUUGAUGCCAGGGGAUAGAAUUACAGAAAUACAGGAAAUGAGCAGUAUUUUUGGAAAGUGAUAGAUGAUCCCAGUGUUGUGUAGACAUGAGCUGAGAAAGCACAGUGAGGGUUAGGGAGGAUUAUCAGCUCUUAGCCUUCUUUGUCCCCUGCAGUAGCAUUUCAAUGGUUUUGGGUUUUUCCUACUGAAGGAUGGGAUCCUGAGGAGGAGGCAGGUUUUUACUUUUCUUUCCAGAAUCUGUGACUUUAAGUAUUUCCAACUGCUACAGUUUGUCUUUUCCCCUGGCUCCCUUCUCUCCCUCCCAUCUGCAACUUCUCCACGGACUCUGCUUGUUUUGCAAAUGCGUUUGGCCAGUGGAAGGACAGCAGCAGUGCUGCUGUCAAUGCACACUGCAAGCAGCAGAGCCUCUUGGAGGGUCUCACAGGCACCACUUGUCUUUGGUUAGCAUUAGAGAAUAAUAGAAUCACAGACUAAUUUGGCUUGGAAGGGAUCUUAAAGAUUAUUUAGUUCCACCCCUGCCAUGGGCAAGGACAACUCCCACUAUCCCAGUUGCUCCAAACUCUAUCCAACCUGGCCUUAGACACUUCCAGGGAUGCAGGGGCAGCCUCAGCUGUGCUUAGUUCUGAAGCUCUGUUGAGCCCUCCAAGGGGUUUUUCCUGCAUGUGUUACCAGAUCUGGCACCAAGUGAUGCUGAAGCCCCUCCUUGGGGCAUGUACAGACUCAGCAGUGUGGCUUUAGGGGUGCUCCCUAUCUAAAACAGAAAUAACUGGGCUCUUAGUAAGAGGGAUGACACCAGCAGUGGUGUGGAGGAAUGUCCUGCCUCUUCCAGUCCUUCUGAGGGGACUGGCAGCCUGUGCCCUGCUGCUGUGACUGUCCAUGGCACACUCCCACCCCUGGGAAAAGGGCAGGAGGAGCUCCCUGGACCAGGAGCACACGUUAGGGUUUGGAAAGGCUAACCCUGAUGAGCUGUGUUGUUGGAGUCCAGGGCAUUCCUUUGGUUGCCCUGGAGGGUCAGGGACCUGGGCAGGGGGGUCUGGGACCCCAGCCCAGAGCUCAGAGAGACACUGGAUUUGAUUUCAGUCCAUGGGAGAGGCUUCUUGCACUGCAGGAAGCAUUGCAGGCCACAAGAGUGUAAAAAUAGUAGUUUAGAAUAUCACAGGGUGAAAAAACAGUGAGUUUGGGAUUCUUGGCAUUGAAGUGAAUGGGGCAAGAUGGAGAAUUUGGGGCAUUGUCUCUUUCUUCUUCCUUCUUGUUCCCUCACUCCAUUUCUGCAGUGACGUUGGCACAAAGUAGUUAGUGAGGAUUGGGUCAGAGUAGAGAUGACCUUUUUAGUAGUAGUGAUAGACAUUGGUAAUAAAUAGUAAAUAAAGAAUACAUAGCAAUUAGUAUAAAAGAUAAGGACAGCCCAGAGACGGGGGGAGUCACCAGAUGUCCGAGCCGCGGCAAACAUCUUUUGGACACUGAGAAAAUUGUAAGAUAAGAACUAAUAAAUGAAGCCUGUAACCUUGAA